CCCUGCUGCAUGUAAACAAAAGCAGGGACGCCGUCUGGUGGAUCGCUCUUCUCUAACGGGAGCGAGCAGUCGUCCAUCAGUUCCGCUUAGCGAUGGAGGUCAGGUGUGACUAAACCAGAAGCCGCAUCAUGUCCAUGGAAGACCCGUUUUUCGUCGUUAAGGGGGAGGUGCAGAAGGCAGUGAACGCAGCGCAGAGCCUCCAUCAGAGAUGGAGCGAGCUGCUGCAGGAAGGGGCCAGAGCCUCCAAGGAGGAAAUGGACUGGACGACCAAUGAGUUGAGGAACAGUCUGCGCUCCAUCGAGUGGGACCUGGAGGAUUUGGAUGAGACCAUUAGCAUCGUGGAGUCCAACCCGAAGAAGUUUAACUUGGACGCAGCAGAGAUUUCCAAGAGAAAAGCCUUCAUCACCAGUACUAGGAACACAGUGAAGGCCAUGAAAGAGCAGAUGUCCAGUCCAGCUGUUGUCUCCGUGAACAAGCCGGUGGGAGAUGGUGGUGCUCAAGGUCCCAUUUGGCAGCCCGCACCUGACAAGUACGCCCGUCUGGACCGCCAGCUCCAGAACGCCAACUCUCACUUCAUCGAGGAGCAGCAGGUUCAACAACAGCUGAUAGCAGAGAAGCAGGAUGAGCAGCUGGAGCUGGUGUCUGGGACCAUUGGUGUUUUGAAGAACAUGUCAGAGAGGAUCGGCAUGGAGCUGGACGAACAAUCUGUCAUGCUGGACGACUUUGGACACGAGAUGGACAACACCCAGUCCAGGCUGGACAACGUCAUGAAGAAGCUGGCCAAGGUCUCCCACAUGACCAGUGAUCGCCGGCAGUGGUGCGCCAUCGGUGUGUUGCUCGCCAUCCUCUUCGUCGUCCUCCUCCUCCUCUUCAUCCUCUGAUCCAAGCCUGUGAACUGGCCCCCACAGAUCUCGACUGGUCUCCAUGUAUUUUACUGUGCUCUACUCUGGACAAGUGAACUCUCCGCAGCCGACCUCUGCCGCAGAAGUGAGGCCAUAUUCACCGCUGUCAUCGUGUGGACUGUACUGCUGUUCUGCUCCUCUCAAACCAAACUCUGUGGAAUCAUUCAGACGACACUCUCUGUCUGACCUCCACCAGACUGGACAGGAACCUUGGUUCUUCUUGGGGUCAAACCUGUUUGAUGUCUUUGUGUUUUGUUGAUGAGAGGUCAGCUAAAGGGCUUCAGAAUCUAGAAUCUAGAAGACGGUUUAAUUUCACUUUGAAAAAUACUUUUUAAUCCAUGUUCAUUUAUCAACAUUGGAAGAAUUCAUCUUUGAUCCCUCACUUUAAUUUAAUCCAGUAAACUCUAAUCCCAGUUCAGAGCAUGUAAACACCAGUACUCAGACGUCAGUUUAAGCCCAGGCAGCUUUAGUUCUUACGCAUAAUCGAAGGCCAGUAAACAAGUUGAGAUCAAACU